UCAUAUGUGGAGCUGAGGUUUCUAGAUGCCACAUAUUGAACCAUCCCAACACCCGGCAGAAAUAAAACCGUCUGUGUGCCGAGUAGAUAGAGGAAGCAAGAGUGAGUCUCUUCAGGUUAGGUUUCUUCCUCGGCCCUCGCUAGUAGUCUAGGACAGCUGGUCGCUUUGUUAACUACUUUCAAGCUGCUCGACGCAACUACUCCUCUAGUUGCGGUUGACUUCCUCUGCCUUCAGUAGCUGAAGCUAAUACGCUCCUUCAACUCCCUUCAACUGCUCGCGUCGUAAUCACCACACCUCGCAAGUACCAAUCGCGCUCGUCCCGGCUCCUCCAGAAGCCUGUGUUUCAAACCCCGUGCAGCUCUUGAUUCCGCGCUCAAUUCUCUUCUCCUCGGCCACGAAGCACCAUUCAGCGAUCGUCCGCCAGAUCAGGCAUCUCACACGCAAUAUUAGUCCGACUAUCCUUUUAGAUUCCACUUACUAACCCCAACAGUCCCCCCAGCAGUGUUCGACUCCGCCCCCUUAAAGCCCUGCUCCCGCUCCCCCGUCCGUGAGCAAGCAGCGGGAGGGAAAGGCGAGCGCAACUAUGGGUGCAGCUAUCGCGCUGGUGGCCGGAGGCGCCUCAGGGGGAAAGGCGGGCGCGAGCGCGAGCGCGCGCAAGCGGCACGGCGUUCUAAGUCACCCCACCUGGUUUCGCCGCGCGCAGUCGCUCGGUCGCCUGUGGUGGGCGCUGCUCCCGCUGCUGCUCGUCGUGACGCUUAUCACUCACGGCGAGCUGCUCGCUUUCCUCUUCCUCCGCAUUUCCCCCCAUCCCAUUUCCGCGUCUUCCGCCGCGUCGUCCCCUCCUUCCGCCUCCGCCGCAGCCGCUGGGGUAAUCAGACCCUUCCGACAGGGCCUCUCCACUUUCUCCGACGCUAUUUCCGCCGCAGCCGCCGGCGUUUCCCUUCCGUCUGUUGGCGGAAUCGCGUGGGCGUUCGCGGUGGCUCUUAUUCGCGGCGUGUGCGAGCCGAUAGCGGCGCUACUGCUAAUCGACUCGCUGCUGCUCACCCUCUCCGGCCUCGUGCUAUGGCACAGGGCGCGGCGGCAAGACUGCCUGCGGGCCGCAGCGGCAAUUAAAGCCCGAACUAGCGCUCCAGGGAAACUCGCCGCAGCAGCCGGAGGUAACGGAGAGCUGAGUCCGGUCGCUGGUAGUGGUGAUCUGUGGGAGGAGAGCUGUGCUCAGUUUGCCAUGACUAGAAGCAGCAGCGGCAACAGCAUGGCGGUAAACCUAGGCGCCGUCGCCGCCACCGCUGCCGGCUGCGACUGGGAUGGCACGGCGGCCUCCGCCGCGUCCGGCGGCGCGCUCUCCGCAACGUCCGUGUGGCCGUCGGUGCUGGUGCAGCUGCCCAUGUACAACGAGCGCGAGGUCUACGCGCGCGCGAUCGACGCGGCGUGCAACCUGCAAUGGCCGCGCGGGCGCCUCGUGGUGCAGGUGCUCGACGACAGCACGGAUGAGGAGGUGUCGCGCGGAAUGCGCGCGGAGGUUGCGCGGUGGCGGAGCAAGCUGGGGUGCGGGGGCGCGAGCAAGGGCGCGCGGAACAGCAUGGGCGGAAGCGUCGACGUGCAGUACCGCCACCGCACGGUGCGCGCGGGGUACAAGGCCGGGAACCUCCGCGAGGGCCUCACGGAGCCGUACGCGCGCGCGUGCGCAUUCGUCGCAAUUCUCGACGCGGACUUCGAGCCUUCCCCCGACUGGCUCCUCCGCUGCGUGCCCCCGCUCGCGCGGGACCCGCAGCUCGCGCUGGUGCAGACUCGCUGGGCGUUCAGUAACGAGUCGGAGUGCCUACUAACGCGUCUGCAGGCCGUGGAGCUCAAGUGGCACUUCCUAGCGGAGCAGCUCUUCAGCUCAUCCGCGUUACAGUGCUUCGGGUUCAACGGCACCGCGGGCGUGUGGCGCACGGCGGCGAUCGCGGACGCGGGGAGUUGGAGAGACGAUACAACCGUUGAGGACAUGGAUAUUGCCGUGUGCUCCGCCGCGAAAGGGUGGCGCAUGCGGCUCGAGCCGACCGUGGAGUGCGCCAGCGAGGUCCCCGCGGAAUACGGCGCGUACCGGAAGCAGCAGCACCGCUGGACGAGCGGCCCCGCGAACCUGCUGCGGCUGCGCGGCGGCGCCGUGCUCACCGCCCCGCGAUCGGUGCUGAGCUGGCCCGCGAAGUUGUACUUCGUGGGGGUCUACAUGUUUCUUCGCCGGGCUGCCCGCCACCUGAUCGGAAUCGUCUUCUGGCUGGUCGUCCUGCCCCUGUACCUCCUCUCCUCCGCGCUCCCCUCCGCUUCCCCCGCCGCUUCCGCUUCCGCCUCCGCGUUCCCCUUCCCCUGGGCAAUGGCGGCGCUGGUGCUGGUGUACCCGCUGUGCCUGUUCGCGUUCUCCCCAGGAAAGCUCCGCCUGCUCCCCGCGUACUUCCUCUUCCUCGGCGCGCUGCUCCCGCUACGCGCGUACGCCACGGUGGCGGGUCUGCUCAACCUAUCCAGCUCGCACACGUGGGACGUGACGCAGAAGCUGGGCCGGCGCGGCGCGAGCAGCGGCGCAAGCAGUGGUGCGGAGGGAGAGGAGGAGGCGGAGGGGGAGGAGGAGAUGAGCGAGGAGGAGGUUCAGCUGAGUGGGGGCGACACGAGUGAGGAAGAGGAGGAGGAGGCAGAGGAGAGGGAAAAGGAGAGUGAGAGUGAUCUUGGGGAGCCUCAGAGGCGAUUGCGGUUGAAGCUGCCCAGCAAGGGAAGCCGUGAACCUUCCAUGUCAUCAGCAAGCUCUUUCUCGUCCUUCUCCUCCUCCUCUUCUGGUGCGCCCUCCCUCUCCUCCUCCACCACCUCCUCUGCUCCUUCCUCCCCUGCCCAUCUCUCCCUGCAACCCAUGUCUCCAAAAGUUAAGUCCGUGUCUCUCUCGCCACCGUCCACGGCAGCAGCAGUAGCAGCAGCGCUGGCAGCACAGGGAGCAGCUGUGAGAAAAGCUGCAGCCCUGUUUGUGCCAGAGGUGCUGUUUGGGGGCUAUCUUAUGGUGGUUGCUGCUGUGGUGGUGGGAGUGAAGGGGCUGGCAGCGUUGACAGGUUCAGGGGAAAGCUCAGGAGGUGCUGCUUGGUGGUUGACCACCGGGCUAGUGGCCUUGCAAGGGGGGUGGGCAAUCUGGGCUGGGUUGGGGAAUUUGGGGGUGAGUGAGUGAGCCAAGAAUGGUGAGUCUCGCGCUAUGCUUCACAAAUGCAUGGGACUGGAGCAAGGUGGCACCUGAGCUGCUGGUGUGUGGGUUGGCAUUGGCAUGUAAACGCCAUGUUCUUGUGUGAGGUAGUAACCUAGAAAAGGUGCCUUCUGCAUGCACCAGUAGUGCGGGGAGAAGAGGCUGGAGUGAGAACCAGCCUAGCACCUGAUAAAUUAACGUGCCAGUCUAUUGGUUUCUGUAGCGUUUGGCGUGGCUCAAAGUGAUGCUAUGCCAUGAUUUAUAUAGCUUCCUUGUAACAACCUUUUAUAGGAUUCUUUGUGUUUUUAAUAUUGAU